AUGUUUUUACUUCUUAAUUUUUUUCCUUUUCAUUCUUUUCUUUGUUCAACCCGGUCAUUUUUCUUUCACUUUCAUACAUUUUUCAUUUUUAUUCUGAUCAUUAUCUUUAUUUUUGUUCCUUUUUCUUUCCUUCAUUUUUCAUUACAAUUUUUUGUUUUGCUUCUCCUUGCUUUGUUUACUUCUUUCUUCAUUUCUUCUAUUUUCUUUGUUUCUUUUUUUUUUAUUUCUCUUCACUUUUUCUUCCCCCAUUUCUUUUACCUCUUUCUUUCAUAUUCUUUUUCUUUCAAAUAUUUUUUCUCUUUUUACUUCUUCUUCAAACAAUUGUUAGUCCAAAUUUGUUUUCUUGUCACUCUUUUCUUUUGGCUUUCUUUUUCAUUUUUCCUUCAACCUAUUUUAUGUUCCUUCACCUUUUCCUUAUUCCUCUUUGUCUAUCUUUCAUUCCUUCUUAGUAAAUCCUUCUUUCUUGUUUCAUUCAUAAAUUCUUUUUCUUCUUCUUUGUUUUAUUGUCUCUCCAUUUCUCUUCUUUCUUCCUUCCUUCCUUCUAUCUCUUCUUUUCUCUUCUUUCUUUCUUUCAUUUUUCUUUUCUUUCUUUCUUUCCUUCUUUCUUUCUUUCUUUCUUUCUUUCUUCUUAAGUUAUUUUUUGCUAAUUUUCCUUCUACCCUUUUUCUAUUCUUUUCUCUAUUUCCUCUUUCAUCUUCUUUCUUUUAUUUUUAUUUUUCUACUUUCUCUUUCUCCCUUCCUUAA